GCUGUUUUUCUGUAAAGAGUAUAACAAUAUUUACAAAUAGCUCUAGUUAUGGAAAUUAUCUACAGUAAUUAUAGUUAUUUCUUCAUAUAAUUUCCUAGCAAAGAGGGCAGACAAGCAGUGAUAUCCCAGUAGCAACAAGCACCCACAUCCAAGAACUAGAGCUCUGUAGUAAAACAGCAUAUACUGUACCAGGGCUGGGCAGAUAAGGGCAUAGAAACAUCUUGGGGAGGUAAAAACUAGACAAAUGCUCAUGGAAUGAUUAAAACAUGUCAAAACGUCACAGAAUCAGUCUGGAGGAUUACCAGUCCUGAGAAUCAAAACACAGUAACAGGUUGAGUAAAGCCAUUGAAUAGGCUACUGGCUUAACCAAGAACCUAUGAGCAACUCUUCAUCUUAUCAAUGAAUAGUGGAAGAGGAAUAUCACAAUCAUCUAAAAUAGUAACUGCUUUUGGUAAGGAUCAUCAGUGGCUCAUUACAUUACACAUGUAUCAGCAUGUGCUGUAUGCUUAGACCUGUCAUUAAUUAGAACAUAUAUUAGGCAUCUGCUGGUGGCAUGAAUCCUUUCUAAGCCCUAGCCGAGUAACAACAUAAAACCCGAGCUCAGGUGAGCAAGGUGGCACAGGCCUGCAAUCCCAGCACUCUUGGAGGCUGUGGCAGGAUUAUCUCAAAUUUGAGCCCUACCUGGGCAAUUUAGCAAUUUGACAAGACCCUGUCUCAGAAUAAAAUAUUAAAAAACAAUUAAAACUGAAGGACUGGGGAUAUAGGUCAAUGCGAAGGCCCAAUGUUCAAUCCAUAUUACCACAAAAGAAAGAAAAGAAAAAAGAGCGCACUGUGGCCUCCUUGUUCAACAACCCGCACCCUCCACCCACGUGCUCUGAAACGCAGCUGUCUGGCUCGACCCCACGCCCUAAUUUUCGCGCUUGCGUAUUCCUUACAGUCUAAUCUCUGUGGCGGACUACAUUUCCCACCAGCUCUAGCGCGGUUUCCUUCCGGCUUCCUUGCUGCUGUCUGCUCCGAGAGCUCUGGUUUGUCUAGACUCUGCAGUUCUCCAACAAAGAAAUACUGAAAAGGACUGACCAGUUCUUGGGGUGCUAAAACCAUGGCUGAUGAUUCAGUGACAUUUGGAGAUGUGGCUAUAGACUUCUCACAGGAAGAAUGGGAAUUCCUGGACUCUGCUCAGAAGGACUUAUAUAGGGACGUAAUGUGGGAGAACUAUAGCAACUUCAUCUCACUAGCAGGAGCUUCUAUUUCUAAACCUGAUGUAAUUACCUUAUUGGAGGAAGAAGGGAAGGAACCUGGGAUGGUGGUGAAGGAAGGAACAAGAACUUUUUGUUCUGAUUUGGAGUCCAGAUGCAGGCCCAAUGCCUUAUCUCCAGAAAAGGACAUUUAUGAAAUAUAUUCACUACAAUGGGAGAUAAUGGAAAGAAUUAAAAGUUACAGCCUUCAGGGCUCCACUUUUAGAAAUGUCUGGGAAUGCAAAGCCAACAUUGAGAGCCAAAAAGAACCACAAGAGGAGUAUUUUGGGCAGGUGAAAAUAGGCUCUGAAAAAAUGACCACUUAUAAAAAGCAAAAUUUUCUUACAGAUUAUCAGAGAGUUCACAAUGGAGAAAAGUUGUAUGAAUGUAAGGAAUGUAGGAAGACUUUUAUUCGUCGCUCAACACUUAGUCAACAUCUAAGAAUUCAUACUGGUGAGAAACCUUAUAAAUGUAAGGAAUGUGGGCAGGCCUUCAGGCAGCGUGCACACCUUAUUCGACAUCACAAGCUUCAUACUGGUGAGAAACCCUAUGAAUGUAAGGACUGUGGCAAGGCCUUUACAGUGCUCCAAGAACUUACUCAACAUCAGCGGCUUCAUACUGGUGAAAAGCCUUACGAAUGCAAGGAGUGUGGAAAGGCCUUUAGAGUACAUCAGCAGCUGGCUCGGCAUCAGAGGAUUCACACUGGUGAGAAGCCCUAUGAGUGUAAGGACUGUGGGAAGACCUUUAGACAGUGUACACACCUUACUAGACACCAGAGACUUCAUACUUCUGAGAAGCUAUAUGAAUGUAAGGAAUGUGGGAAAGCUUUUGUAUGUGGCCCAGACCUUAGAGUACAUCAGAAAAUUCAUUUUGGUGAGAAACCCUAUGCAUGUAAGGAAUGUGGAAAGGCCUUUAGAAUAUGCCAACAGCUUACUGUCCAUCAGAGUAUUCAUACUGGUGAGAAACCUUUUGAGUGUAAGGAAUGUGGGAAGACUUUCAGAUUAAGACAACAACUUGUUCGCCAUCAGAGAAUUCAUACUCGUGAGAAACCCUAUGAAUGUAUGGAAUGCUGGAAGACCUUUAGUAGUUACUCACAACUGAUUUCACAUCAGAGCAUUCAUAUUGGUGAGAGACCAUAUGAAUGUGAAGAAUGUGGGAAGGCCUUCAGAUUGCUCUCACAGCUUACUCAGCAUCAGAGUAUUCACACUGGAGAGAAACCUUAUGAAUGUAAGGAAUGUAGAAAACCUUUCAGAUUGCUCUCACAACUUACUCAGCAUCAGAGUAUUCACACUGGGGAGAAACCUUAUGAAUGUAAGGAAUGUGGGAAAGCUUUCAGACUUUAUUCAUUCCUUACUCAGCAUCAGAGAAUUCAUACUGGUGAGAAACCCUACAAAUGUAAGGAAUGUAAGAAGGCCUUUAGACAGCAUUCACACCUUACUCAACAUCAGAAGAUUCAUAAUGGAAUUUAAUACAGAAAAACCUUCAAAUGUACAUUAUACUAUAGAACACCAUUAAAUCUGGUUUUGAGAAAAUUUGUUUUCUGCUUACAAGGAUAAGAAGUUUUAUAUUGAAGAGAGACUGUUACACUAAAAGCCUUCCUUCAUUAUUAAAAUAUCUUCAUCAAAUUCAUAUGAGAGGACAAUGUCAUGAAUGUUGGAAGAUGUUUAUCCUUAUCUGUCUUUGUUUACUUUUGCUACUUUAUUUAUUAUUACUGUGAUAUUAGACAAGAUACAUCAUUUUGUGCCUCAUUUUGUUCAGUUGUAAUGAUAUUGGUACAGUACUGUACAAUCACCAAAAAAUUAGUAGCUUAAAAUAUAUACUUGUUAUCUCACAGUUUCUCUGUAUCUGUGACUGUGGCCAUCGGAAGGGUUGACUAGGGGAGGAUCUAUAUCCAAGCUAACAGAAUGGAUGCCUGAAUUCCUUUCCCUCUGGGGUGCUACAUUGUGAUCCUCAGUCUCUAGCAGGCUGUUACAUUUCCUUGCCUCUUCAGCAACCUCUUCACCAUGACUGCUUGCUUCAUCAAAGUGUGCAAGCUAAGAAGGUGGUUGGCAGCAAGAUGGAAGUCUGCUAGCAAGGAAGUUGUCAUUUUGUAGAAUCAAAUCAUGGAAACGACAUCCCUGUUACCUUUGCUACCUUCCACUGGUUAGAAAUAAACUGCUAGAUCAGCUUACUGUCACAAGAAGGGGCCUGCACAUGAAUACCAAAAGAAGCAUCCACUGGAGACCAGUUUAGAGUCAUCCUGCCCUGCUGUGUAAUAGAAUUGUGAGGAUUAAGUAGUUAAAUACUUUGAAGAAUAGCACUCACGUAGCUUGUGUUCUGUAAAUAUUGUGUAUAAUCAUUUUUAUUAGUAUUAGUGGAUCAUUUUUAAAAUUACUAUAGAAGAGAUAAAUAUAGAAAUGCCUCCUGUCACAUUGCAACAUUUACUAAACUGAAAAUAACUUAUUUUAGGUAAAACCUAGGAAAUUGUAGUGAAUGAGAAUUUCUUCAGCAUUUGAAUUGCAUCAGAAAUUUUACAGUUGAAAGAACUAUAUGAUUUUCAAUUUGUUGAAGAAUCAGAAGCAAUUUCCCUCUGACAUAGCAUCCUUUUGUCUGGACACAGUUCAAUGGUAAUCACACAGUAUGAAAAAGAUAGUAUAAGAAGCUACCACAUGGGAAUUUAAUUUGGUGCAUGCUUGUAAAACUUCUAUAUAACAAAAUGUCAUUUCAUUAUUAUUAUUGUUACUAUAAUUGCUUGACCUUCAAUUAGUGUUUCUAGUUGGGUCUUUUGACAUGAACCACUGGUAGUUUGAUAGUUUAUUUGGUUAUGCUUAAUUUGGUCAGUUAUGGAAGAUACUAGGGUAUCAACUCAUCAUUCUUAAAAUCAAUAUUGGAGCAUGAGCCUUUUUUUCCCCAUGUGAACCAAAUAUCAGGGUCAUCCAACAAAUUUGUUUUUUUUUUUAAUUAAAGUCUAACCAGUAAAUAUGGAAUAAAUGAUAGGAUUUGACAAAUCUCUGUUUUUGAGAUUCUAGUGAAGUAAUGGAUCCAGAAAAUGAUUUUCAACGGAUGCUAAAACUAUUAAGUGAAAGGUUUUAUAGAGAAAUUAUCAAGCUAAUCACUUCAGAACACUGGUCAGUUUGAACCUCAAUAAAAAUGGAACUAUCAAACAGUUGCACCACUUGAUAUAAUGCUAAUGGAAGCACGUACCCUGUUGCCAAAAUAAUAAGCAGAAGGAAUCAUAUCUUUAAAUCACAUUCUUUAAAACCAAGAAUUUGAGGAACAGGUAAGUGAAUUCACAAGGAAGCAGCUGACUGGAUCUAGAAUGUAUAAAUUUUUGCAGAAACGUUGACCUGAUUUCAUCAAGUAAUGAGUGACAUGAACAAGCAGAGAGGCAGGUAUUAAUAAUCAGGGAGACUUAAGAGACAAGGCAACUAAACUCACUAUGUGGGCAUUUCUUGAACCUGGCUUUAGUAAAAUGGAAAAGGACACUGUAAAUAGUGGAGGAAACUGGACCUGCAUUAACUAUUAGAUAAUAUUUAGAAAUAUUUUUUUCUAAUAAUGGGAUCCUAAUGCCAACAUGGCUAUGAAAAAUAAAAUGUCCUAUGUGGUAGAGUUAAUAGGUAUUUAUGAAAUAAGAUAUGCAGACUUGCAUUGAAACAGUUGAACACUAGAAAGUGAAUUGGCAGAGAUUGCUAAAUGUUGGUAAUUACUGCAGUGAAAUUUUUCAUGGUGGUGCAUUGUUCUAAUAUUUUUCCUUUUGUAUGUUUGAAAUUGCAAUAAAAUGUUCAAAACUGAA